UGGCCGUAUCGACUCUGUACGUUGCUGCACGUUGCUGCAUGCAUGCAUGCAUCGAUGGUGUUCAAAACUUCAAACUUAAUAACCACAUGAAAAAGGCUUGUGAAGAAGAAGACAGUUUAAACUUGAAUUCUUAAAUCACGGUUUGAAACGGUGGCUAAGUUUUGACCACAAAUUCAAAGUGCCGGGCUAAUUAAAAAAAUUAAUCAACGUUUUGCAAUGAUAACCAUGGAAGAAGACAUAAAGCGUCCACAUUUUCGGCUGAAGGUCGAUCUCUCUAAAUUUUUCCACGAUGCACGCCGAUUCUGCUGGAUCUUCAUCGACGGAACAAAAAUCCAGCAGGUUAAUCACUUGAAGCAACAUAUUAGUAAAUUGUUCAACAUUGCAGAACCAUUUCAUUUAUUGCUAAAUGACACCGAAUAUCUGCCUCCAAUAGAAGAUGUGAGAAUACUUAAGGAAAAUGAGACAAUUCUAGUAGUUCCUGGAUCUGGAAUAAAUAAUGAAGAUCUUGUAGAAUCUAGCCGUAUUUCUAGAUGUGAUAAGCAGACCAUGGUAACAAAUAUUAAAACAGAAAAACAGAAAGUAGUUGCACAAAAUACAUUUAACAGUACCUUGGAACCAACUUCAAUAAAUAAUACCACAAAAGAUAUGACAUUCUAUAGUCUAGUUGAUAUGGUAGUCAGUUGUAGUGAAGAGGAUACGGAUUCUAAAACUACAGAUAAUUUAACAGAGAAUUGUAACGAGAUAGAUUCGAUUGUAUCCAUUGCAAAAAGGAAAAGAAUACGGAAACGAAAAUCAAAAAAUCGAUCUCAGUUAAUUAUAUCAUCUCCUGAUAGAAUUGAAGAAAACAUAUCAAAAGAGUCAAAGUUAAAAAAACCCAAAAUAAUAGAUUCUUAUGUUAUUCCAACAGGAAAACAUAUACGAUUUGAUAAUAUGGAAAAUGACGAACAUACUAUUACAGAACAAAUAGUACAAGAAGCAUCUAGAAAUGAAUCUUACUUAAACAAAACAUCGUCUUUUAGAGAUCUUUCUACGCUUUUAGCAUUAGGACAAAGCUCAACGCCAAUAACCUUUAGAAAUAAGAAAUUAAACAAUGGAGUUAAAAUAGAAAAUGAUGAGAUAAAAAACAAAAAUAUGGAAGAUAUUACAGAAAAAAAUGUAUGUAGUACAAAACCUAAGAAGGAAAUACAAAGUUAUAAAAAAUUAUAUGCUGAUCUAGAAAAGGUUCCAAUAAUGACUAGAAAACCGCAAGUCAAUGAUAUUAUUGCCUUUAAAACUUUAAAGAUUGGUCUAGAUUACACACCUCAGUUGUCUAAUUCUAUUCUUGCUGAAAUAGUGGCUUGUGCACAGGGAAAUUAUACUCUUCAGAUACUCCAAGGUAAAGAGGAAAUUCAGGAAUUACCAUUUGGAAAGUUUUCUCUGACAGACGAUGAAUCUGAACAUCACCCUGAUGGAAAUAUACUUAUACUUAAUUAUUCACAAAUGAUAGAACCACGUCUAAUUUCGUAA